AUGAGAGGAUGCAACGAAAUCACCAAUACAACGAUAUACGCGCUGCUAGCAGCACUAGGACCAAGGCUAUCUUACCUGGACCUCCAGGACUGCAGCAGGCUAGGGGCCUCAUGUCUACCACCUGGACUAAAGAAUCUAAAGGUGCUUAGUCUAGGGUACCAACGCAGACGUGGAAAACUGGAAGAUAAAGAUGUAAUCGUUCACAUCACCGGCGACCAACAUCCCGUGGCUCCAGAACUCGAAUGGCUGUCACUACAGCAUAGAGUAGAGGCGCAAUCAUUGGCCGGUGUCGAACGCUUGGCUCCAACCUUGAAGGUGUUAGACUUAAGAGGAUGCACUGGAGUACCAUCAGAAGAAUACGGAAGAUGCAAGUCACUGAGGAUUCUGGAGCAGCUUCUUGUAGGCACGAAUCUAACCAGCGAUGUAAUCAGCGAGAUUGCGAGCUCAUGCCUAAAACUCAGGGUACUCGAUAUAUCGGGCUCUGAUCUGUCACAGCAGUGCAUACAAAGGAUAUGUGAUAACCUCAAAGGACUAGAGAAACUGAACAUGUCACGAUGUAAAGCCCUCACAAAUGAUGGAUUGCAACGUAUACUGGCCUCGCUUCCAAAAAUCACACUAAUCGAUGUAUCACACUGCUGGAAACUCUCAGAUUCACUCGCCAACCACAUGCCAGCUAUCGCAUCGAAACGUAGGCAUGGAGUGUACGAACUUAUACAUGUUGCAUAG